GGGGGGAAUAAAACCGGCCAACACUCUACAACAUCAGUUUGAAGAUGGCGGAGGGUGAAUUGAACGUGGACAGUCUCAUCUCUCGGCUUCUGGAAGUGCGGGGAUGUCGCCCGGGGAAGAUAGUUCAGAUGACCGAGGCAGAGGUGCGAGGCCUCUGCAUCAAAUCCAGGGAGAUCUUCCUCAGCCAACCCAUCCUACUGGAGCUUGAGGCGCCCCUGAAGAUCUGUGGUGAUAUCCAUGGGCAGUACACAGAUCUGCUGAGGCUGUUUGAGUACGGUGGCUUCCCUCCCGAGGCGAACUACCUUUUCCUGGGCGACUACGUGGACAGAGGGAAGCAGUCCCUGGAAACCAUCUGCCUUCUGUUGGCCUACAAGAUCAAAUACCCAGAGAACUUUUUCCUGCUCAGGGGCAACCACGAGUGUGCUUCCAUCAACCGCAUCUACGGCUUCUACGAUGAGUGUAAGCGCAGGUUCAACAUUAAGUUGUGGAAGACCUUCACUGACUGCUUUAACUGCCUGCCCAUUGCUGCUAUUAUUGAUGAGAAGAUCUUCUGCUGCCAUGGAGGGCUAUCGCCUGAUUUGCAGUCAAUGGAGCAGAUUCGCAGGAUCAUGAGGCCAACAGACGUGCCUGAUACAGGCCUGCUGUGCGACUUGUUGUGGUCAGACCCGGACAAGGACGUACAAGGCUGGGGAGAGAACGACCGCGGGGUCUCCUUCACCUUCGGGGCCGAUGUGGUCAGCAAGUUCCUCAACCGCCAUGACCUGGACCUCAUCUGCAGAGCCCACCAGGUUGUGGAGGAUGGAUACGAGUUCUUUGCCAAACGCCAACUGGUCACACUUUUCUCCGCUCCAAACUACUGCGGGGAGUUUGACAACGCAGGCGGCAUGAUGAGCGUCGAUGAAUCCCUCAUGUGCUCCUUCCAGAUCCUAAAGCCCUCAGAGAAGAAGGCCAAGUACCAGUACGGUGGUGUAAAUUCUGGUCGACCCGUCACCCCACCCCGCACCACCCAAGCCCCCAAGAAGAGGUGAACGUACAGCCUUGGCUCCCCCCACGCCCCCACCCCUUCUCACCCUGUCCGUCCUCGGUCUGCCGUCACGGCAACCCCUGUAACUCCCCUGUAUAGCGAAGAUACAGGGCUUAUCUAAUUGCCCAAAUCUUUCUCCUCUUUCACCCACCCCCACCCCAACUCCACUGACAGCUCUUUUCUUAAUGUGUAUGUGUACAUAAAUUUGCUGUGACCAAUCUGUUUUUUUUUUUGUUUUUUUUUUUGGCCUGUUUGUUGGUAUUUUUGAUAUUAUUAACAAAUAAUCUUUUUGGUGGUUUUACUUCCAAUGCCAUUUGAGGUUUUCUGAGGUUAUGUGUCAUGUAAGGAAAUGCCCUUUCUUUGUAGAGGGGCACAGUGACUGAGUUAGAGGAUUUCUUUUUUUUUUCAUUUUAAUAAAAACAAAAUGGAGACUGAAAAUUGUUUUUGCCUUGACCUCUCAAAAAGCAGAGAGAAUCCUUCCAGCGUAUUUCAACGAGACUGAGAUUUAUGUGCAAUGCUAAAUCCGUAGACACAAACAACAUCUCUUAUAGUCCAGUUUUAACUAUUCAAACUCAUUACAGCUUGUGCAGUUGUGCACUUUGCGGUCGGUGGUGCACAAGCACAUUUUGUAUAUUUAACCAUUGAAAAAAGUGCACCUCCCUAUGAGUAGCGAAGAAUGUGAAGUGACCGGCUUGAAUGAAAUAUAGAGGCUAAAUCAGAUGCUGCUGGCAGUGGACGCGCUCUACCCCGAACACAACGCCCUCUGGGCAUCGAUUCCUCCGCUCUGUUAUGUCUCCCUGUACCUCAACACACCCACGCAAAAAUAUGCCGCUUCUCACACAGAGCUGGUAUUGAUAUUUUCCUGGGUCUAUUUAUUAUUUGUUCUAAUCAACAUCAUUUCCCCCCAUAUAAUCCUGAUGUUUUUUUUUGUUUGUUUUGUGCCCAUGGAAAAUUAAAUCCAUGCAGAGACAUUUAACUAAUGAGUCACUUAGGCUCAGUAUUUCACCUGCAGACAUACUGGAUAAAUGGUGUCCUUUUUUAGUCUUUGAGUGAAGAAGCAGACAAGUAUCAGCACUGCACAGCACUGAUUGCGAUAACUCUUCAAAGCCAGCCCUCACACUGUUAACAUGACCAAAUAAAAUAAACAAAAAGCUUUAUAAAAUGCUCCACAGUGUUUGAAUUGUUUAGUGCUAGAGUAUACUAGAGCAUACUGCAAAGAAAACAAAAUGAACUAAAUUUGCUUUGAGGGGGCUUCAUGUUAAAAUGCCAGCCAUCCUCCUUUCCUAUCACCCAAACUGUUCAGGCACAGAAAAUGAAAAUUGCUGGAGUCGGGAGUGGGUGGCAGGAACAAGCAGGUUUCUGUAGUGUGAUAGUGAUGCCACCUGGUGUGCAGAUACAGUAUUACAUUGCGAAGUGGCACACAUUCCAUGUUGUAAAUUUCAAACUAGACGCAGCUCAAGAUGGGCUUUUCAUCACAAUGCCAGUACAAAAAUGUUGGAGGUACUUCAGUUGUAUAUUCAGCUGGCCAGCGGUUAGCCUGGUUAGCACUUCAGCUUCAGUUCACUGCAAAUGAGAUGCAGUCUUUUUGUGGAAAACAGUUGCCUCUUUUCUUUCUUUUUUUUUCUUGUUCUCUUUGCUCUUUGUGGUAUUCUUCUUUCUGUUGUAUUUCUAUGUUCUCUAUUCACAUUGUUUACUUUUUAUUCACUUAAUUUAUUUCCUAAUAAUGAUAAUAAGAAAACAAUGAGGUGUUACCAAAAGCUGUUUUGCAAUUUGUACAAGUUUGUUUGAAAGUCUAUAAAUUCAAUAAAAUGGAUGGAAACUAAAA